AUGCCUGAACAAGAAUAUACUGAAGAGCAAGAAGCUGAAAUUCUUCAACAUGUAUUUUUUGGUAAAUUAGAUAAUCUACCAAAUCUUGCAUCGAAAAUUGUUCGUAUUUUUACAUCAUCAACAUUUACAGAUACAAGUAUGGAACGUAAUUCACUCAUGCAACAUACAUAUCCAAAACUUAAAGAAUAUUGUCGAGAAAAACAUGGACUUGAAUUUCAAGUUGUUGAUAUGCGUUGGGGUGUUCGUGAUGAAGCAACAGAUGAUCAUAAAACAACAGAAUUAUGUAUGCAAGAAAUAGAUAAUUGUCAACGAGUUGCUGUUGGACCAAAUUUUGUGGUAUUUCUUGGUCAAAAAUAUGGUUAUCGACCAUUACCAACAAAAAUCGAAGAAGAUGAAUUUCGUAUGAUUAUAUCUGUAUCAGAUAAAGAAGAUGCUAAAUUACUUAAUCAAUGGUAUAAACUUGAUUCAAAUAAUUUACCAAGUUUAUUUUGUUUACAAACUGUCAGUUCUAUAUUUACUAAUUUUACUAAUCGAGCUCAUCCUCGUCUUAUGGAAGAAGAUCAAAGUCAAUGGUGGGAAACAAUGGGUAAAUUGAAUCGAGCUGUACGUGUCGCUGCUUUUGCACUUUUACAACAAGGUCGAUUUACUGCACAAGAUAAUCACCGAUAUAAUUGGUCGGUUACUGAACAAGAAGUUGUACGAGGAAUAUUAAAUGCUAAAGAUAGAGAAGAUCAUACAUUAGCUUUUUUUCGUCAUAUUGAAAAUAUAAAUGUUAGUUUAUUACGUCAUUCAAUGAAAUUUAUUGAUAUUGCAUCAAAACAAGUUGAUAUGGAAGCACAACAUAUGUUAUCUGAUUUACGAGAUGUUCGUGUACCAGCAACAUUACCUGAAUCAAGUAUAAUUCGAUAUACAGUUCAAUGGUCAGAUGAUGAUGGUUUAAAUAAAACUGUUCAUGCUGAUUAUUUAAAAGAUUUUAUUGAAACAUUCUAUCGACGUAUUAUUGAAUUAAUUGAUCGUGGUGUUAGAAAACAAAAUGCUUUUUCAACAAAUAGAGUUUAUACUGAAAUUCUUCAACAACUUCAUGUUGUAAAUAAUUUCAGUCAAGAUUUUCAAGGACGUACAGAUAUUCUUGAACGUGUUCGUCAUUAUGUACAAGGUUCAUCAAAACAACCAUUAGUUUUAUGGGGUGAAGGUGGUUGUGGUAAAUCUAGUAUGUUAGCAAAAAUAGCUUCAGAAUCUUCAUCAUGGUUUCCAUCAAAACAAUGUACACCUAUACGACUUAUUCGUUUUCUUGGUACAACACCAGAUAGUUCAUCAAUUGGACCAUUAUUACGUAGUGUUUGUCAACAAUUAUGUUUUCUAUAUCAAGUAGUAGAUAAUACAAUACCAGUUGAAUUAUCUCAAUUAAUAAAUUAUUUUAAACGUUUAUUAGAAAAAACACCAGCUGAUAAACCAUUAUGUAUAUUUUUUGAUUCAUUAGAUCAAAUAUCAUCAGCUGAUGGUGCACAUUCAAUGUCAUGGUUACCACCAACACUUCCAAAUUAUGUUAAACUUAUGGUUUCAACAUUACCUGGAAUAUUUAAUAUUUUAAAUACACUUCGAAAUAUAAUUGAUAGUCGAGAAAAUUUCAUUCAAAUUAAACCAUUAGGUGAAGAAUUAGGUAAAACUGUAUUAAAAGUUCGACUGUAUCGUGAACAUCGAACAAUAACAGAUGAACAAUGGGCACUUGUUCAUGAACGUCUUGCUGAAUGUAAUAGUCCGUUAUAUGUUAAAUUAGUUUUUGAUGAAAUAAAAUUAUGGAAAUCUUAUACAAAAACACAAGAAAAAGAUUUAGCUAAAACUGUAUCAACAUCAAUAAAUAAAUUAUUAGGUCGAAUUGAAAAUCAACAUGGACAUAUUUUAGUUGAACAUGCUUUAUCAUAUAUAACAGCAUCAAGAUCAGGUAUAAGUGAAGCUGAAUUAGAAGAUUUAAUAUCACUUGAUGAAACUGUUUUAAAUGAUGUUUAUCAAUAUCAUUUACCACCUAUUCGACGUAUACCACCAUUAUUAUGGACACGUAUACGAAAUGAUUUACCAAAUUAUUUAGUUGAACGUGAAGCAGAUGGUGUUUCUGUUGUUUGUUGGUAUCAUCGACAAUUUGCAGAAGUUUCUCAUGAACGUUAUUUAGCAAAUCCUGAUACACGUCGAAAAUAUCAUUCACAAAUGGCUGAUUUUUUUUUGGGUAUAUGGGCAGGUCGUCCAAAACCAUUUCAAUUUUCUGAUAAUCAAAAACGUAUGUUUAAUUUAACAUCAACUGAUGGUGAAGCUGAUCGUAAAGUUCCAGCUCAACCAGUUAUAUUUACAACAAAUAAUAGAACAUCAAAUGUUAAUUCUUCAACUAUACGUUAUAAUUUACGUAAACUAAGUGAAUUACCAUUUCAAUUAACACGUGCACAACGUGAAGAUGAUUUAUAUAAUCAUGUUUUAUUUAAUUAUGAUUUUAUACAUGCAAAAUUAUCUAGUAUGCCAUUAAAUAGUUGUAUAUUUGAUUAUGAAAAUUCAUUAGAAUUUAAUUUUGAUAAAGAAGUUAAAUUAAUGAGUGAUGCACUUCGUUUAUCAAGUUCAGUUUUAGCUGCUGAUCCAAAUAAUUUAGUAUGUCAAAUAAUUGGUCGGCUUCUUCCAUUUUAUACAACAUGUCGUAAAAUAGCUUCGUUUAUUGAUCAAUGUGAAAGUAUUGGUUUACAACAUAUGGGUCUUGUACCAGCUUUUAAUACAUUACCAUCACCUGGUGGACCACUUGUUUAUUCAUUAGAAGCACAUCAAUUUGCUGUUUAUGGUCUUGAAGUUGUUUCAGCUGGCCAACAUCUUCUUACUGUAUCGAAUAAAUUUAUUGUUUUUGAUUUAUCAAGUGGUGAUAUUGUACGAAUAAUUGAUCCAAGAAUUGAAGGUAUUAUGACAUAUUUAUCUGUUGGACCUGAUCAACGUUAUUGUGUAACAACAACAAUAAGUAAUCAAUAUAUUAUAUGUAAUUUAUUAACAGGAGAAUUUAUUUUACGUGAUUAUCAAACACCUGGAAAUGCAAAUAAAACUCAAGUUAAAUCAGCUCUUGGACAACAACAACCUUUAGAUCCAUUAUUAGGAGCAGCUGUAAGUAAUACACAUUUUGCAUUAUGGACAUCUAAAAUGUAUCAAGUAUAUACAAAUAAAGGUGAAUUACUUACAUGUCAACCAACACGUUAUCAUAUAAUUCAAAUUGAAGUAUUACCUGGACCAGAAAUUGAAAUUGUAUGUCGUUCUGAAGAGGUUAGAGAUGAUCAAGAAGUACCACGUGAUCGUUUUACAAUUGAUUAUUAUUUUAUUACAAAUUCUGAUCAUUCAAAUAAUACAAUAGAUAAUAAUGAACAACGUUGUUUAACUGGUGGUCAUAAAAAUUUUCAUAGUGCACUUGUAUUAACACGUGAUAAACGACGAAUGUAUACAUGUUGUGAAAUUAAUGAUAAUAAUGUUGAAGUAUAUGUUAAUAGACCACAUCCAAUUAAUUAUUCUACUGAACGUAUAUGGGCAUUUGAUCAUCAAUUAUUCGAAAAUAAAGAUCGUAUAUUUUCAUUUAUAUUAAGUAAUGAUGAAAAUUAUCUCAUGGCUGUUACAUUUAAAGGUUUUAAAAUUUUUUCAUUUCGUUCCUAUUUAUGGAAAACAUGUUUAUUACCUGGUAGUGUACGUAAUAUAAUGAGUGGUACUAAACGAUUAACAUAUACUGCAGCAUUUUCACAUGAUAAUCGUUAUUGUAUAGCUUGUGUUAAAUCAACAGUUUAUGUAUUUGAAAUUGAUUGGGGAGAAUUAUUAGUUUCAUUAGAUUCACAUUUUGGUCGUAUACUUGUUUUAAAAGGUUUAUCAACAGGUAGUGGUGGAAAUAAUUAUGUUAUAACAACCGGUAUGGAUAAAACAACAAAAGUAUGGAAUUUAGAAAAUGCACGAGAAAAAUCUAUAUCAAUAUCACAAAUGGAUAAAGCUAUUGAAAUGUUACAUAUAUCAACAGAUACACAAAUAAUCAUGGCACAAACACGUACACAAUUAUGUUUAUUUGAUAUGAAAACUGGUCAUAUACAAGCACAAUUAGUUGCUAGUCAACAUGGAUCAAUAUAUCAAUGUACACUUUUGUGUUCAAAUGGUUUAUUUGGUGCAGCAGCUGAAUCAGGUAAUUUUGUUAUGUGGGAUAUUGAAGAACGAAAAACAACAUUUAUAACACCAAUUAAAAAUAUUUUUCAAUUACUUCUUCAUACGGCUGAAACAAUGAUUUUAGUUGUCAGUUGUGAACCAAUGUCUACAAUUGUUCCAAGUGCAACAAAUAAUUCAAAUUCAAAUAAUGCACAAAUUGGACAAAUUGUUCGAGCUAUUUCAUAUGCAAUACCUGAUGGUGAUUUAAUUUAUGAAUUAUCAUUUAAUAUUAAACGUAUGAAUGAACCAAAAAAAACUAUAUGUACAACUGAUGAUACAUAUUUAAUAUUUAUUGAAGAGAAAAAAAAUUUUGAUGUUCUUUCAUUAUAUGAUCCAGUUACUGGUGAACAUAUGCAUAAUGUUAAAUUAAAUUAUAAUGGUUAUAAAGAUAUUAUUUCAAUGGUUAUGAUACCAAAACAACCUUUUCUUAUUGGAUUAAUUGAUGUAGAUAAAGGUGUUGUUAUGAAUGUUAGAGAUAAAAAGGUUCAUUUAACAUUACCAAAAUGGAGUGGUCAAAUAUCAUCUGAUGGUAAAUAUGGUUUAUAUGCUCCUACUCGUGGUGGUCUUGAAAUAUUUGAAUUUCGAAAUGGAAAAGUAGUUCGUACAUUAAUUGGUAAAGUUGCUGAAGGUGUAUUUGAUGUAAUAACAUUUUUUACUCCAACCAAUAAUCAUGUUAUUUAUUAUCAUAAAGGUAAACGAACAAUACGUAUUUUUCGUUCUAUUGAUGGUCGACAAAUAGCUGAUAUGAGAUGUCCAGCAAAAGUUCGACAAGCAAUAGGAACAUAUGAUGGACAAGCAUUAGUUGUUGGUUAUGAAGAUGGAGCUGUUCAAAUGUUUUUAAUUGUUGAUCCAUUUGAACAAAAAAAUACAACAUAUUUAAAAGAAUGGAGACAACAACAAUUAGAAUCAAUGAUUGAGCCUGUACAACAGGAAAUAAUUGAUAAACAACCAGAAUUAAAUACAAUAUAA